UCUCAUGCGGAGCACGCCCUUGGCCAAGCCAGCGGGCAACUGCAAAUCAUACGCCAAUGCUCUUGGCGUGGAAUUCUGCCAGAGUAUUUAUACACCAAGACCGUGCGAGUCCUGGAAGCGCCCAGCGACGCCCCCCAAAUGUUUUCCGAAUCGAAUAUGGCCGCCACGCAAUGUUCCUGGUACCGGACAACUCACACUGGCUCCACAUCUCUCCGCAUCUCUCACGGGAGCUUACUUUUGCUGCCCUUGGCACUAUACACAAACAAUGAUAGGUGGUUGAUCCCGUGCCGCCAAGACACCACACAUACAAACCGGCUCCAGAGCGCACCAUGCAAGUGUCGUAACGAUGACUGGCCUAUUUUUAUCGCAAAAUCAACGCCGUCGCCGGGUUGGGGUGGCACACAAAGAAAGCCAUUGUCGCAUCGUCCUGAGCAAGAGUGCAACGUCCCUCCUGGCUUAAAUACCACGCGCAACGGGGACGGUUGUCCUUCUGACUGUUCCUAUUCAUCGCUUUUUCGCUUUUCUCUUUCUAGGUUAUUACUUCAGCAAACUUCCAACAAAAAACAAACACACCCACCACCAAUGCUGCGCGGAUUCCUGUUAGCACUCGUGUUCUUUCUCCUGGCCCUCCAGGUCAUCUCUUCGCUAUUCGAAACCGGCCUAUACGCUGCCGAGAAGAUCUAUUUUGACCAAAACGACCUGACCUACACCAAGGGCUGGCUGUACUACUUCAAGUGGGUGGUGAAAUGCCUGUCCUUGGGCGUGGCGCUGGUCCUUCUGGUCGGCAGCCUGUGCUCGUGCUGCUGCGGCGGACCGAAGAACUCUGGCUCCGGCGGCCGCAGGUUCCCGCGCGCCCUGGGCUUCUUCUCGCUGGUCCUGACUGCCCUGUGGGCGGUCGUGGUGGCAUUCCAGGUGCGCAACAAUGACAAGACCAAUGUCAUGUCGAUUGUCUCGACCUCGAUCCAGGCACAAAAGUUCGUCUACCCGCUGGGCGACGGCUUCUCGCUCAAGAACGACUGCAGCGCGUAUCCCUUCACCUCGAUUGACCACGGCACCACUGCCUGCAAGCUGUUGCUGGCAGAGUCGGCCGUGGCCAUUGCAUGCCUGGGCCUGUGGGCGCUGACCCUGAUCUUCUCGUUCUUCCUGUGCUGCACGGUUAGCCACACCCAGAAGAAGAACGUCCAGCAGGUUGCCUGGGCGCAGCCCCAGCAGAACUACUAACUGGCUUCUUUGUAAAGCCCCCAUGUAAAUUUUUUGUCCCCU